UGCAGCCUCACACUUCAACACGCGCAAGCCCCUUCGUGUCCGCUGUGGAUCAUGUUUGCACCUCUAACGCGGUGGGUUUUUUUGACGUGACAUUUUGAGCCGUUGUGUGUUUAAAAAAAAGAAAAAAGAAACACUUUUCUUACCGGCAUCGAUUCCCCUGACAUACGGGUAUUUUAUGGACCCGGGGAGAAAGGUGCAAGCUGCUGGGGAGAUCCGAGUCUCACGCUUCCCCAAACCUAACAUGCCAUAGUGGCUCUGGGGCUGUCCGCUGCAGUUGUCCAGUUCCUUUCGGGACAUUUUGUCUCGCUUUUCCAGCCUCCUGCGGUGGGGAGGGGGAAUGAGCAGCAUCCACCCCUCCAGCAGACGCCCGGCCGCCGCCACUGUCCGCGGUGUGUGACCGUGUGACUUCAGAGGGGUGUGGAGGUCCCGACCGCCAUACGACGUGGAGGGUGGGGACGUUUGCCUUUCCAGCUCAGGGUUAAACCAUGGCCAAUGAACCCGUCAUCCUUAACGUGUACGAUAUGUACUGGAUAAAUGAAUACACUUCCAAUCUGGGUAUUGGAGUCUUCCACUCAGGCAUUGAGAUCUACGGCAGAGAAUUUGCAUACGGGGGUCAUCCGUACCCUUUCAGUGGCAUCUUUGAGAUCACUCCGGGGAACGCCGCCGAACUGGGAGAGACGUUCAAAUUCAAGGAGGCCAUUGUUUUGGGCACCACCGACUUUACAGAGGAGGACAUUGAUAAAAUCAUGGAGGAGCUGGGUAAAGAGUUCAAAGGCAACGCCUACCACCUAAUGCACAAAAACUGCAACCACUUCUCCUCCUCACUGUCUGAGUUGAUGUGUGGACAUGAAAUCCCUCGCUGGGUCAACAGACUGGCGUACUUCAGCUCCUGCAUCCCCUUCCUGCAGAGCUGCCUACCCAAGGAGUGGUUAACCCCGGCCGCCCUGCAGAGCCACAUCAGCCUCGGCCUCCACAAAGAGGAGCGUAACGAGUCCAGCGACGAGGACCCUUUGUCCCCGUCCGGAGCUGCCGCCACCGGCUCCUCCCACAGCUGUCGCCACACGAGGGUGUGAACUGCCCUGACAUCCGCUGACCUCUGGA